AUGAAUCGUCUUCUUGUUCGACGUUGCAGUAUGUCGUCAAUUGAAGAAGAAGAUGAACCGACGACAUCCGAUGAACUAACAAUUCAACCUGAAAAAUUACAAUUAUCGUCGUCACAAAAUUAUCAACAAUUACAUCAUUCACCAUCAAUUCCUGAUUGGGAUUCGGAAUUAUCGGAAUCGGAACAAGAAUUUGAUGAUAAUGAUGAUGAUCUUGAAGAGAAUGGUGAAGAACGAGCUGCUAAUCGAGCUUUACAAAACUUUAUACAAACAUGUUCAAGAACACAUAAAACUCAGAUUAAUGGUACAGAUGGUUCAUAUUCACCGUCUUCAAUUCAUUUGUAUGACGAAGACGAUUCCGCUGAACUUGACGCAAUUAUAUCUGAAUUACGAGAUUUUAAAAUUCAAUUUGAAGAAUGUUCAAAUCAUUCAUUAGUAUCUCAUCAUCAAUCAUCAAUAAAAAAAUCGAAUAAGAUGGAGCAAUCAACAAAUCAUCCGUCGUCGUCAAUAACGUCUUCUUCUUCAAUAUCAAAUACAAAUGGUUGUGUUAAUGAACUUCGUACACUUGAAGAUCAACUUGAAGCUGCUCUGGCCAGUUUAACACUAACAAUUAAUGAUUGUACAACAACCAAUAUAGAUUCUCAACAACAACGUUCAUCUGGUUCAAGUGCUUGUUCAAGUGGACUUGGCGAUGAAAUAACAAAUGAUACAUCGAAUCUUUAUAAUACAUCGAAUACAAAUCACCAAACAACAACGACAACUGUAUCAUUUACAACGAAAAUUCCAACAACAAAUACGACUGAUGAUUGCGAUUCAGCAUUUAGUGAUAGUGGAUCAACCGAUAAAGUUACAUCACCUAAUCAUGACGAAUCUGUAACUUGUCAUUCUAUGGUAGCAAUGACAAGUACAACCAAACAAAUGACAUCAAUAAUCAUCGAUCAAGAUGAUUUGAUUUCAUCUCAUUCUCAACAUCCAUCAAAAUUACUAAUUCGUACAUAUAAUGAUGAUGGUUCAACAAAGAGUAUACUUAUUGAUGAUUCAAUGUCAAUACGUGAUGUUCUCUUUGUACUUGUUCAUAAAAAUCAUCGAGAGCCUGAUAUUGAUUAUGCUCUCGUAGAAAUUUUACCUGAUCUUCAUAUGGAACGUAUUUUUGAAGAUCAUCAAAAAUUAACUGAAGCUAUUCUUAUGUGGCCAACAACUUCACCUAAUCGUCUAAUAUUUACUAAACGAUCAGAAAAAUAUGCUCUUUUUCGAGCAACAACUUCAUUUCUUGUUAAAGAUGAAACAAUGAUCGUUUAUGAUGAAUUAUUAAAAACACCUGAUAUGGAUGGAAUUAUUUAUUUAAAAGAAAAAUCUCGUAAAUCAUGGAAAAAACAUUUUUGUGUUCUUCGUUCAUCAGGUCUUUAUUUUGUACCUAAAGGCAAAAGCAAAAAAGAUCUUGUAUGUUUGGCUAAAUUUGAAAAUGUUGAAUUAUUUUUUGGACUUGGUUGGAAAAAAAAAUUUAAAUCACCUAGCGAUUAUUGUUUUGCACUUAAGCAUCCAUUAAUUCAAAAAAAAAGUUCAAAAUAUAUUAAAUAUAUGUGUGUUGAUACCAAAAAUGAAUUUGAUCGAUGGAUAACAAGUAUUCGUAUUGCUAAAUUUGGACAACAAUUAAAAAUUAAUUAUUUUCUUAUGGAAAAAGCAAUGAAUAUUUAUCGAUCGUCAGGUCGAUUUGCUGCUGUGUGUGCUGCUCGUUCAGGAACAUCGAAUGAACAACAAAAUAAUCGUAAUAAUAACGAACUAUGCUCGUCACCGAUGCCAUGUUCAUCAAUACGUGAUCGACAAGUUCUCAAUCGAAUACCUAUCUUACCAACUAACACCAAUUCUCAUAAUCAAUAUAACAGUACACAUUCACCUAUGUCACCUCAACCAAGUUCUUGUACUAGUAUACUCACAACAAGUACAUUAGCUAGUAAUGAACAUAAUAAUGAACAUGUAGAAGUUGAUGAUAAUGAUGAAAAUUCUCCGAUUAAAUCAGCUAGUUAUAUGGAUGAAUUACGUCAACGACUUGAACGUGUUCUUAAUGAUUCCCCAUCAUCUAUUCAAUCAUCAUCAUCACCACAGACUUCAUUACAACAAACUUCAAUUCCAAUUGAACGUCAUUCAUGUCUUCCUGUUUCAAAAUCGUUUCGUUUUCCUAUUCAAUCUGUACCUAUACAAGUUCAAUCAUCAUCAAUCUAUCGUCCGACUCCUGUAUCACGUUUUCCACUUAAAUCACCAACACCAUCAUCAUUACAAACACAAACCAAUCACUCAAUAUCAUCAUCAACAAAAGGAACUAUUCGUGGGCCAACAUUAAUUACUCCACCAAAAUUAAAAUCAAAUAUCACUACACAAUGUUUAAGUUCAACAGAAAAUUUACGUACAACUAAUACUAACAAUACAAAUCAUCAAACAUUAUCAACAAUAACAACAACAGUUGGUUCAACCCCAUUACCCAGAAAACAAUUACCCUCAUUACAAAUAUUGGAUAGAAAUUUAUCUUAUCGAACAGCAAAUAAUACAAAUACAUAUGGAUAUCAGUAUCAUUUUACGAAUGGAAAUCGUCAUCAUCAACAACAACAACAACAACAGCAACAACAAAUGAGUAAAAGUUUUAUUAUGCCAACAAAACGAGAUGAUAAUCAAAGUGCUAGUUCAUUAUCUGUUGCAUCAAAAUCUGAUUCACUUAAUUUAGAUGAUGCAGAUUUUUCUUUACCAUCACCAACAUUUCUUGAAGAUCUCUCUCAUACAUCGAAAAAUACGAAUAAAAUUCUAUCAAAUUCAACGAAAUCUAAACCAACUGUAAUAAAUAAUAUGCAUAUGAAUCGUUCGAAAUUACCAUCUUCAAUAAAUUCAACACCAUUAAAAAAAGCUACAGCAACAGUUCGUACGAAUAAUCGACCACAACCAGCAUUACCUGUUAAAAGUGGACUCGUUACACCUUCUCUUAAACUUUCAACAUCUAUUUCACAAGCACCUGUACCUAAUAAAUCACUAGUAUCAUCAACCUCAACGAAUUCAUUAAGUAAUAGCAAAACGCCAACAAUAACGACGAAUAAACCUGUUCCACCUGUUCCACCCCGUAAAUCGAGUAUUCCUCGUCCAUCAUUUAAUGGUACUAGUCCAUCUUUCAAACCUCAACCACCACAACGAGGUUCAUCAACGAAUCUUUUUUUUCAUAAACCACAUGUCAGCCAUUUAUGA